AUGGGGGAGCGGAAGUCCACGUCUCUUGGACUUCGUUUGGACCUGAACAACUUUGACUCGGCCGAAGCAGAGAGGAGUCGGUAUGUUUUAACGAGUCCCCGCUCACUGGAGUCAUGCACACGACUCGGCAUCAAACCUGUUGAACUUCUGAUCAAAUCGCUAAACGAGUUGAUAGCUGAGCAGCAUGACGUGCCCUUUGGGGCCAUGAGAGUCAUGCAUGAAUCCUAUGAGAAGGAGAGAAUGAAGCUUUUACAAAUGUGCCGACAGGAGAGGGAGAGGAUUAUCCGGGAGGCUGCUGGGGACAGGUGGCCAGGCAGUGAUAAAGUGUCAGGCCUGGAAGUGGUGCCUGACAUCAAACUGAAGGAUCACUCAAGGGACAGACACACAAUGGGCCCCAUUCCGUAUGCAGAUCUGUGCUUUAAAGGGGAAUAUACAAGCAGGAACUCUAACAGAGAGCCAGACAGGAGCACAGUCUGCAGCUUCAGUCUGGGAGACCUCCGACACACCCCAGCCACUGAGAUGAAGCUGGAGAGGCUCACCAAGGACAUCAACAAGGAGAUGUGUGUCACACUAUCAGAGAAGGACCGAAAGAUAGCAGCUCUCAUGUUGGUGAAGCACCAAGAGGAGCAGGCCUGUCUGAGGCUCCGUCAGCAAGAGGAACAGGAGCGACAGGAGGCCCGCAGGCAGGAGGAGGCUCAGAGGGCUCAGGCAGAGAAAAGGAGAAGGAAGGAACUGAAGCGGAGUAUGCAACGCUGGCACAAGGACCUGGGGGACCGCAGGAGGCUGAGGGAGCGUCAGGAGAAAGAGAAAGCAGUACAACUGGAGCUGGAGGUGGUGCUGCAAGAAGACCGCUGGAGGAGGCUGAAAGAGGAGGUGGAGGGACAACGCAGAGAAAAGAUAGAGGCUGCACAGAAAGAGGCAGGGGGGCGCAAACGGUACCAGGAGAAGCUGCUGAGGGACAAGGAGGAAGUAGAGAAAAGGGAGCGAGAGAGGGAAAGACAGCUGGCAGUGGAGAAGGAGCUGAGGGCCAGGAGGAGCAAAGUGUCGCAGGAGAAGCAAGAAAGAAAGAGGCUGCAGGAGGGAAAUCACAGCAAGCUGCUACGGCACAUCCUGCUGAAACAGCAGGUAGCACAGCAGGUGGAGGAAGAGGAGGCACAGAUGAGGAGCACACUUAAGAAGAAGCUGCAGCACUCCUGCGGGAAACAUGCCCAGGCUGUAAAGGCUCGGAUAAGGGAGCUGCAGGAGCGGGCGGCCCGGGAGGAGGAGCAGAUUCAGAGAGCACAGCUGAGUGCCAAGCUGCAGAACUACCAGCAGAUCACACACAAACAGAUCCUGGUCCACCUGAGCCAGCGUCGCACGGAGAGAGCCACCUUGCACGCCUCGGCACAGCAGAAAAACAGAGCUCAGCAAACACAUCAGCACAACAAACACAGGCAGCUCUGCCACCAGAGGCUGAGGGAGAGGAUGCAGAAAGAGGAGGCGGCCACGAGGAACCUCAGAGAGAGCUGCGUCUUCAUGAAGGAUGUGAGGAGGGAGCGGCUGAGGAGACAGCGGGAGCAGAUACAGGAGGAGGCGCACAGGCUGGCUCAGGCCUCCUUUCACAUGAGACAAAGAGUGAGACAGCAGACACACAGUCGAACCUUUGAUCAGAUGGCUCGGGAGGCUCAGUUGACUGCCUCCAUGAGCUGCAUGAAACUAUGAAAGUGAUGAUAAACCCUGUUAACAACAUCCUGACUUCAGAAACUCCACAUCAGCUCCUGCUCUCAUAGGUUUGAGUACAGUUCAGGCAUUAAAUGACGCACUCAGCCAGAGCUGCAGAAGAAUAAGUGAACACCUCUCCUGCAAACUAGAAAUGUAGCGAGGACGUGUCAUACAAGUAUGUAAAUGUGUUUAGAAUAACCAGGGUGAAGCUGGAGGAUGAAUGUUGGGCUUCAGAGCUGCACAGGAACAUGCCAUGGGUCAUUAUCAUGUAAGAGCUGUGCUUUUUAGGGUGUAAUGACUAACAAAGUUAAUGCCUUAUUUGAUGAGUCCCUAUAUGUGCCAUAUAUUUGACGGUGACAUUUCAUUUUAUGAAGGUUUAGAAUGAAACUAUGGCGCUCUGUCUCACCUUGUAGGGACCUCCCAUUAGGAUUCAAAACACUAAAGCAGGUCUUUACAGAUGUGGUUCCCAACCUUUUGUUUUGGAUUGUGACCGCAUUCAAUGAAGCAAUGUCUUGUUGGGACCCCUCAUGUCAGGCUGCAUUUGUCUAUGAGCUGAGAACAAUUCAACCAGAUCAAAAUAUUCUAUAAAAAAAAGUCUGAUAGAAUAAACUUAAUGGACCCAAUGCUUCAUGGUAUAAUCAGCUUCCAUAUAUAGUAACAACAACAUAUCUCUACUCUGUGAGCCACAGCACAGAUUUGUUUCACUUAGCUUAUACAGCACACACAUGAUGGUUACACAUGUAGGGGAUGGGGGAUCAACUUCCAACAUGGAAUUGGAAGAGAAAGUUGAGCAGUGACAGGGAAGUCCUUGGGGUGCUUGAAGGCUGACAUCAGUGUUUUGAAUUUAAUAUGUGAUGUUUAGCACCAUUGUGUUGAUUUUUUUUUACUGGUCCGGUCCAGUACAAGCAAAUACUGAGAUGCAUUCACAUUGUAUGCCACCAUCCAUUCUGCCAUCCAGCCACUCUCCCUCGAUAUUUAUCCUAAAUAAGGCAUGCCAUCAAUUGUUUACCUAAAGAUGGAUCCCCUCGAUGGCUCCUCCAAUCCUAGUCAACACAUUCUAAGUAAGUACAGUCACAGCAUCUCCCUGACCU